CCACAGUACAAUAUUUGACUGGUGCACAACUUUAGUAUACACGAUUAGAGUAUUUAUAAUUAAAUAAAUGGAUUUAACCUAUAUACGUUUGUAGUCACUAUAAGGUUAUAUAAAUUCACUUAAAGAAGUUGUUGGACAAAAUGGUACAUCUGGUCUAAAUUUUUAGCGCAACUCUCCACAAUGUUUACACAGAUGCAGUUCGAACAAAAUUUUCAUAAACCAAGUUUGAAGUGGACACUUCUACUUUGCGUUGCGCCAUAUACCGCCAAUAGGGUAAUUUUGUGAAAGAGCUGUAGCAUUACAAACAAACAAAGUGUAUAGAUUGGUUAUACGUGCUAUAUAAAAACUGUUUUGAAAGGAAAAUGAGGCAACGACUAAAGUUUUAUCAGCGAGGACUUUUAACCCAAUUGACGAUUUUCAUGCUGCUACGUGGAAUUACAGCCCAACGUAGUAUUCCAGGUUGUGGAGCUGAUCUGGCAACGAAACAAGGCGUUAUUACAUCACCUGGAUAUAAUCGAAACUACCAGCACAAUCUUGAGUGCAUAUGGAACAUACAGUUUAAAAACACGGAUCAAAUUGCGUUUUAUGUUCGAGAUUUGGUGAUGGAAAACGGCCAGUGUCUAAAGGAUUACAUUGAAAUUACAUUUUCCGAUAAAAAGGCCCCGCGAGUAUGCGGGUUUCGUCCUCCACGAAGACCAAUUGUUGGGGCUGGACCGGCUACUGUUAAGUUUGUCAGCAAUGGUGGGGUCAGUUACAGAGGAUUUUACAUACAGUAUGCUGUAACUGAAGGUGUGUUGAAGCCGCCGGACCCAUGUGCAUCCAACCCAUGCCAAAAUGGAGGGACAUGCACAACUCAAGGAAGCAAAUACGUUUGUACUUGCGUUGACGGCUUUGCUGGCACGGAUUGCGAAACUGUUGUUGAAUCAAGUACGGUAGACCACUGUGACCCGAAUCCUUGUCAAAAUGAUGGGACCUGUACAGAUACCGGGGACGGUUACAGCUGCGCAUGCGCAGAUGGUUGGACUGGUGACACAUGCGCUGAAGAUAUCGACGAGUGUGCCUCAAAUCCUUGUCUCAACGACGGGACUUGUGAAAAUGAAAUGAACCAAUUCACUUGUUCGUGUGUGGCUGGUUUUACUGAUACAACCUGCUCGACAAAUAUUGACGAAUGCGAAUCAAAUCCGUGCCAAAACGGUGGCGAAUGUACUGACGAUGUCAAUAUGUUUACUUGUACCUGUCAAUCGGGAUGGACCGGUGAUCUGUGUCAAGAAGAUAUUGAUGAAUGCUCAUCGGAUCCGUGUCUUAAUGGUGGAGAAUGCGAAAACGGACAAAACCAAUUCACCUGCUCCUGCAAAGACGGGUACAGCGGUGAUACUUGCGAAAUCGAUAUCAAUGAGUGCGAGUCGGAGCCUUGUCAGAAUGGCGCUACAUGUGAGAACGAAGUGGCGGCGUUUACUUGUUUAUGUGUUGAUGGCUGGUCAGGAUCGAUGUGUGAAAUAAAUGUGAAUGAAUGUGACUCUUCUCCGUGUCAAAACGGAGGUUCGUGCACAGACGGUCAGAAUGAGUUUACUUGCGAAUGCGCUGAAGGCUGGGAAGGCAUUACUUGUGAAACCGAAGUUGUCCCUGAAGCAAUACCAGAAGUUAACGAAUGUGCUUCAAACCCUUGUCAAAAUGGCGGGACAUGCGAGGACGGUGACAAUAAAUUUACUUGUGUUUGUGUUGCUGGAUGGACUGGCGUUAACUGCGAAGACAAUGUUAAUGAGUGCGACUCAAGCCCUUGCUUGAAUGGUGGAGAAUGUAACGACGGUGUUAAUGAAUUUACUUGUACUUGUACUCAACGUUGGACAGGGUUGCUUUGUGAUAAUUUACUGGACUCGUGCUUGUCCGAUCCCUGUAAACACGGUGGAACUUGUACUAACGACGAAAGUGGAUACAGCUGUGACUGCGCAAGCGGGUGGUCUGGAAAGACUUGUGAAGUAGAAGCCGAACCCGAUAAAGACUAUUGCUCGCCGAAUCCAUGUAGGAACGGUGGAAGCUGUACGAACAAGAAGGACGGAUUUGACUGCGAAUGUGCACCUGGGUUUCGUGGCUUGACAUGCGUACAGGACGUGGACGAAUGUGCCUCGAAUCCGUGUCUAAACGGUGGACGCUGCAGAAAUAAUCGGAACGCGUACUCCUGUCAGUGCCAAGACGGAUACACAGGAUCUCGAUGCGAAAAUGCACCUGCUACAAUUGAGGAAGGAGAUCCUGACGACAUUUGUAAUCCAAAUCCGUGUAUGAAUGAAGGGGAAUGUCAUGACUUAGGAGAUGGAGAACCGUUUUGUUUCUGUCAGGACGGUUUUGAAGGCGAUUUAUGCGAAGAGGGCGAAAACAAUUGCAUUCCGAAUCCGUGUGAGAAUUCAGGGACUUGUGUUUUAUGGGGAGAGAGUUUUACUUGCACUUGUUCCAGGGGGUUUGAGGGGGAAACUUGUUCAAAAGAUAUCGAUGAAUGUGCUUCCAACCCGUGUGAAGGCGAUUUAGUUUGCGUUGACAAACCGAACGCGUACGUCUGCAGAAUGGAAUGCGACCCCGGGUAUACUGGUGAAUUUUGCGACGUGGAAAUUGACGAAUGUGACCCGAAUCCGUGUCUCAAUGGUGCAACAUGUAUAGACGAACUUGCAGCAUAUCAGUGUACCUGUGUAGCAGGUUAUAACGGGACAGACUGUGAGUAUGAGGCGCCAUGUAGUAGCAGCCCUUGUGAGAACAGCGGAUCUUGUGAACAGAUCAAAAAAAGCAACACUACUUCAUACAGAUGCUUGUGUAAUAUAGGAUGGGCAGGAGUGAAUUGUCAAACAGAAGUUUCUUCGGGCUGUUCCAAUCCUCACGGUGGUGCUGGUUUCAUCCCGUUCGGAGCGAGUCUGGAAAUUUCAUGUGAGGUCGGAUUUGUGCUUACUGGAUCAGAACGCGUCACGUGUUUAGACUCUGGCGAUUUUGAUGGACCAAUUCCACAAUGUAUCCUAAAUGGAACAUCUCCGUCUGCGGUUGGAAAAGGAGGGAAGUUGAAAAUGUCGCCGUUAGUUAUAAGCAUGAUGGCAGCCGGAGGUGUAGUUGCAGUUGCUAUUGCUGGAUUUCUGUCAUACGUUUUCAUUUUCGCACCUUGGAAUGCUCCAGCAGUUAAAGCGAAAAUUGCCGCGUCAACUGCUAAAGCGGGAAAACCAGCGUUAAGCAAAGGGGCAGACACUUCGUUGGCUAAGAAAAUAGUAAAGGCCAAGAGUGCGAAAAUCGAUGCUCAGCCUCCGAAAACAAAGAAAUAAUUAAACGGGAUGCAGAAGCCACUUUACAUUUUGACAAGAUAUAUAUGCCAAUUUAAUAAACGAUUUUUGCUGUUGA